AUGGCUCUGGAGAUCCGCCUUCCACCCUCAAAGCUGACUAAGCUAUCUACCGCCGUUUCGGCCCUCGUCCAAUCCGGCCGGGUUCAGAAACGCGACCUCGCCUCCGUAUUGGGCAAACUCUCGUUCGCGUCCAGAGCUGUACCAGCUGGUCGCACAUUCCUGAGACGCCUGUACGACCUGGACAGAGCAACUCGGUCAACACCAUUGCACCAAUGGCUACGCAUUUCGGCAUCGGCAAUGGCAGACCUGUUGUGGUGGGCAGAGGCCCUGACCAUAUGGAAUGGGAAGUCAUUCUUCCUGGUGGAUGAGUGGACGCCAGCCUCCGACAGGCAACUACAGACUGAUGCCAGCGGCACUCACGGUUAUGGUGCCUUCUACAACGGCCGGUGGCUGAGAGGAGAGUGGACAGCCCAGAACGAGAACGAGAACAUUGAGUUCAAAGAAAUGUAUGCUAUCAUAGUUGCCUGCGCGACCUGGGGUUCUGAGUGGAGCAGGCGAUGCAUUCAGUUUCAGUGUGACAACAAGGCCGUGGUGGACUGUAUACGCUCCGGUACCUGCCGUUCACCGCCAGUCAUGACACUUAUCCGGGCAUUGUAUCUGCUGUGUAUUGAGCAUGACUUCUUGGUGUCAGCUGUCCACAUUCCUGGUGUCACUAACACUGUCGCCGAUGCAUUGUCUCGCAAUUUGCUGCAGGUAUUCAGGCACCAGGCCUCGGAAGUAGCAGCCGAGCCAGAUCAGCCAGUCUCGCCAACUUUCCGUUGA